UAGCAAAGGCAAACUCAACAUUAGCUUGACAGUCCUAGGCGGGGAAUUCAAGCCUCUUGCCAGUUGAUUCUAAUUUGGUGUGGACGAAAGAGUCUACAACACAAGUAUUCUCCUUUUAACACUUAGUUUCGCGCUUAACUAGUGUUAGAAAACUUUUACGGACUGCCAGUUCAACAAAAUGUCCAAAAAGAAAGGACUAAGUUUGGAAGAGAAGAGAAGCCGCAUGAUGGAGAUUUUCCACGAAACCAAGGAUGUGUUUCAGCUCAAAGACAUAGAGAAGAUUGCACCGAAGACAAAGGGGAUAGUCCGCAUGACGGUGAAGGAGGUGCUGAAGGGCCUGGUGGACGACAACAUGGUGGACUGCGAGCAAGUGGGCACGUCCAACUACUACUGGGCGUUCCCCAGCAAGGCUUUGCAAACUCGCCAGCUCAGACUGGAAGAGCUGCAGAAGCAGGUCUCGGAAGCCAAGCAGCGUGAAAGUUGUCUACGGACUGGAAUCGGUAAAGCCAAAGAAGGACGUGAGGACACGGAGGAGAGGAGCGCCCUGCUGAAGGAGCUUCAGGUUCUGAAAGACGAGCGAGCUCAGCUGCAGACCGAGUUGGACAAGUAUAAGGAAUGUGACCCGGAAGUUGUGGAAGAGAUGAGAAAAUCAAAUCUUGUGGCCAAGGACGCGGUUUACAGGUGGACAGACAAUGUUUUUGCCAUAAAGUCGUGGACGAAGAAAAAGUUUGCGUUUGACGACAGCCGCAUCGAUGAAGCCUUCGGGAUCCCUGAGGACUUCGACUACAUGGACUGACUUUCUUUUCGUUUCCUGUAAAUUUUGCCACCUGAGUUGGUUGCCAGAUGGAUUCCAUCAGCCGGUUAUUUGACUUUGCUGCAAGCGGAGGCGGUGCAGAUCGUCCAUUAGUGGUUUGGGGCGGUAAAAAGUGUUUUGUGCACCUGUUGGCCCUAAGAACAGUUCUCCAUGCUGAUGAUGGAGAGGAAUCCACAUCUGUGUGCUCCACCCUCUUUUUUUUUUUUUUUUUUUUUUUGGUUUUAACUCAUUUUUUGCUUCAAAUGCCACAUGAUUCUCUUUCUUUUGCAGUUUUGUUUUAGAAAGGCAUGGAAAAAUGUGAUGAGAUGCCAAAUAUACGUAUAAAAACAUGACUUUAUUCCCAUAAUAUUUUUAUUUUAUUCCCAUUUUAUAUAUAUUACAGUUGUCCUCAUAAUAUUACAAUUUCUUUUUUUCUCGUAAAAUUUUAGCUGUUUUAGUGACAUUAUUAACAUUCUUAGAGCCCUUUAGAAAUGAACUAGCACCCCUACAGUUAACUUUUUUGCUUCAAAUGCCACAUGAUUCUCUUUCUUUUGCAGUUUUGUUUUAGAAAGGCAUGGAAAAAUGUGAUGAGAUGCCAAAUAUACGUAUAAAAACAUGAUUUUAUUCCCAUAAUAUUUUUAUUUUAUUCCCAUUUUAUAUAUAUUACAGUUGUCCUCAUAAUAUUACAAUUUCUUUUUUUCUCGUAAAAUUUUAGCUGUUUUAGUGACAUUAUUAACAUUCUUAGAGCCCUUUAGAAAUGAACUAGCACCCCUACAGUUACACUUAAACUUGUUUUCUUCAACACAUAUAUAUAUAUUUGUAUAUAUAUAUAAUAUAUUUAUAUUAAAUAUAUAUAUUUAAAAAAAAUUAAUUGGCCUGGCGUACAUUCUAAAAAUAUAAUUUUACAAUAAUUUUUUUAAGUUUAAAAAUUAUAAUUAUUAUAUUAUAUAUAUUAUUAUAUAUAUUAUACGUAUAUAUUUUUUUUUAUUCUUGUAAAAUUGCUGCUGAUUUGGCCGCUUUUGCUGUUUUUUUUUUUGUUUGUCAAAUGUUAGUAGCAAACCACAAACAUGUUGGUAUAUUACCAGCAAGCAUGCAGUGUUUCUAUAUGGGGGGGGGGUCAACGCUGUCAAGACACGUCCCCAAUGAUGACUACUUUCUUGGUUUUCCUCCUUCUGGGAGUGGAGAUGCCAAACGGAUCCCUGGAGCGUUGACUCACUAAACCUCUGCGAGGCAAGGCUGUCUGCUUUGUCCAUUCCCAUCUCAUCCCUGUUCGAGUCCCACUUUGUGUUUUUCCGCUUUGCUGUCUGUCUGUCAAGAUGACACUUUCAGAGCAGUUAGCGGCCAUGUUUGUUGAAAAAGCGGGGUCAUGGGAGAAACAUUAAAUGCCUGAGUGCGAGUUUGUUUGGACACACCCACCCAGUGUAACACGCGUGUAUGUUCAUGUGCGUACCUGCCCGACCUGUCUUCACGCUCAAUCUGCUGACUCCAUCCAGCGAGCGCACCUCAACGCUCUCGCUUGCAGUACGGUAGCUCGAAAAAGUCAGGACGACAAAACACAAGGUCAAAGCCCAUAUUUUCAUGGUCACAGCAUACUGUAGAAACGAUUGGAGCCCUCUACACAUGAA